GUACCGAAAUAGACGAACAUUUACGGAAAUUAACGAAGGAAACGAUUGUCAUCUUAUGCAGUCUAGGACGACGCUCGUCCUUUGAGAAAAGAAAAUACUGUUUUAUAUUAGUGUAUCGAAAUAGUUUAUUUUGUUAGAAAAGAUAAAGUACAAGAAUGCCAUCCCUUUUAUUCUGUGGUCCGAAAAUGGCCGCUUGUGGAAUAGUGAUCAGCAUAUGGGGAGUCAUCAUGCUGGUGAUGUUGGGGAUCUUCUUCAGUGCAAAGUCUGCUGUAUUGAUUGAGGACGUGCCCUUCACAGAGGAGGACAUCCGCAAUGAUAAGAACCCCCCGGGGACCAUAUAUGGACUCUACAACCAGGUGGGCAUCAACUGCUUCAUCGCAGCAGCCAUUUAUGUUGCAGUGGGGGCGGUGUCACUCUGCCAGGUUCGACUCAACAAGCGCCAGGAGUACAUGGUGACCUAAGUCCCCCUGCAGCAUCACAAGAUUACACACACACACACACACUAUUUCAAGUUCUCAAGGGAAGCAACCUUAUAAAAAGCUAUUUAUUUGUAACUUCAGAGUAAAACAUUCAACAUAAGUCAUGUCUGUUAUAUGCUAAUGAAUCAUUCCUUGUAUUUGCAUACAACUAUUUAUUGAAUUGACCAAAAAUGCAAACUGUCAAUUGAUCAUGGUGAAUAAAAUUGUAAAUAUUGUUCCCCUCAAGGACCAUUUCAGUGCAUACAUCAUGUGUGCUAGAUAACUCAACACACAUUCCUAGAUGCAACAGACAACUACAACGUUUUUAAAAAAGAUAUAGAACGAUCUGUUUCAAUAGAGCAAUCGUAGUUCACUGCAAAUUCAUAAUGGUCAAUGUUUGUCAAAUCAAGAGAUAUGUCAAAUGGUUAAAUAUGUACAUUUUGUGUACUGUCUUUCGUGUUUGCUGUUGUGAAUUGUAUGCUGUUGAGAUAUAGCUCUUAAUUUGUUAGUCACUUAUGUAGUAGUUCCUGAGAAAAAUAUGGUGCACCAAAUGUUUGAAUGAAGUAUUUAUUUCAUGUGUUUGUUUUCCUGAGUGUAAUGAUGUGAAAGGAUCUAUCUAAAUGGUACUUGAUGUGAAGGACCUCAAUCUCUUGUAGAUGUUCCCUGCAAUAAACUGGAAGGAUAAAAAGGAAAUUGGUUCCUUGAUGAUACAUGUUUGACAAAAGGCCAUAGCCAAGCCUCCCCGAAAAGAAAACGUGGUAAGGAUAAAACAUUGGGGUAUGAUGGGCUCUAUUAAAGCCCAAUUGAAAUUUAAAGGCAAUGGUCCCGCGUUGACGGUAAACGCUGCAUAUGUCUGCUCAAUUGGAAAUUACCAUUAUAUUUUUAUUGCGCAUACAGAUUGAAAUAGAGCCCUAUGUACAGUAUUUAUAAUACAGGCAUCAGCCAGGUCUCUUUCAGCUUCUAAUAAAAGCAAUUUCUUUUAGCUGAAUACAUUGUGUAUAAUAGUUUAACAAUAGAAACCCAUUACCCCUCUCUUACCACUGGUGAAAUAAUGGUUUUACAUGCGGAAUUAAACUGAAAUCAGACAAAUCUUGGAUUCAAUUAUAUUUGUUUGCGGUGUACCACUUCAGCUCAGUUCAUUACUAAAUGAAAAAGUUCAAGUAAAAAUACAAAUCAAUACAUUAACAAUUAUAUUCUAGCUCAAGUAAUUGGUUAUGUGGCCAAAGUUGCCAGUAAUCCAACUUUUCAUCCACAAAACCUUUUAUCAUUCAGGAUGGACUUCAAUCUUUGAGCGUUGUAAUUCUAUUGCCUUGUAUUUUUGCCUCUGCAAAAGGCGGCAUUAUCUUAAGAAGCCUCUUCAAAGUCUCCCUCAAGUUUAAUGCCAUAGGUCUGUACCAGGAUCUCCGAUGCUACAAUGAAGGCUCGGCUCUCCAUCUGUCUGUUUCCAUGGUCACCCCCAUCUUAGUACACUUUUCAAUUGCUUCAAUAGACAGCCUCACAGUCUCCAAAGUAGCAGGCUGGACCUAAUUUACACCACAGAGAGAGAGACCAUAACAUUUAUAGUUUUAUAUGAAUAUCAUCACUAGCCUGCAAUAAAGAGCUGAUCAUCUAUUUGAAAAGCAGAGGCAAUGGCAGACCACCUGGCCCUUAGUAACAGGACCCACCUUAUAAACCCUGGUUCUUCCAGUUGAGUUGAGAGAAAUACUGUCAAAGUACUCACUGGAGUACACAUUGGUCACUCUUACGGCAUCUCCAACCAAAGCACUGCAGUUGCGGGCCUGCUCUCUCCAGAGACAGACCUCAAUCAUGGAGCAGAUUGGAUGCUGGGCCGGUUCAAUGAGCAUUCUUGCCUCCAACUCCAGCCUCUGAGGAACUUCUAAUUGGCUUGUUUUGGACACUUUUCCUUUUUUUGUGACCUUCACUAUAUCCCCUUCCACAAAGAAGACUUUGAACUAGUAAAAGCUUCCCUUUUGAAAUAAGUCAUAUCACUCCUUCCCAUAUACAGUGACUUUGAUACUGGCUGUGUCAUCAGUCAGACCCACAUGGAAAAUAAUUAGUUUUUUCUUUGCCUUUGUGUCAUAAUAUAUCAGAUCAGAUUUUUAAAAAUGUUUCAUGUUAUCGCUUUAUCACCAAAUCCUCCCAGGUUUUUCAUAUCUGCGAUGGUUAGCAUCUGACAAACACAGUGUAGAAGAGGAUCUGUCACACAAUUUAUAACCACAUAUAAUAUCCAAUUGACUCUAUGUGACCAAUCAGGUAUUUAACCCUUGACUGUAGGCGUCUGUGUGACUCAAGCUCUGGGACCUAAUGAGUCUUCAGGUUUCAGAAAAGGAUAGGCUGAGUUUACACAGGCAGACAGAUUCUGAAUUUUUUUCCCAAUUAUUGGCUAAAGAAUUUAUCUGAUUGGUAAAAAACAAAAACAAUAAGUGAAACAAAUAUCAGCAUUGGGUUGCCUGUGUAAAUACAGCCAAACUUACACAGGAGUUGGAUUUGCACUUGGAAGAGGGGGGAGGAUUACCCUGAGAAAGUAAAAAUAUGUGUGGUUCUGUCAUAUAAACAUAAUGGGUAGAACA